UGCAUAAGAUCACACUUUUUAUAAAUGGAUUUCACUGUAAGUUUGAAGACAAGAUAUAAGUACCUAACUACUUAUAUGCAUAUAUUAUAUUUUUCAAUUAAUAUUGACACAAAAAAAUUAACCGGUAAAUUAGGAUUUACCGAUUAUCUUAAAGAUAAACAUCACUACAGACUACAGACAUCACUAGACACGCAACGGCCGUUCGAUUUUAAAAGUUUGGGCGCUUUGUUUCGGUUGCAAAAUGUGAAGUUCACGAAGAAAAAUCUUUAACAACGCCGCAAUGACGGAAAAGUUAAAAGACUAUCAAGUUCUCGACGUAUUUUGCGGCGGCACGCUGUACAAAGUGCGGCACAAGGUCACAAACAGCAUAUUUGCGUGGAAGGCGUACAAUUGCUGCGCGUUCUCCGAUGAACAAAUACAAAACGUCGAUAAUGAAGUGAAAACAUUGAGCAAAGCGUUAUCUGGCAACUUCCUACGUUACUACGACACGAUACUGCACGGCCCGACCAAAACACUUUACUUUGUUCUCGAGUACGUUUCUUGGCAGAGCGUUCAGGAAUUGAUCGCACUGUGCAAGGCCACCGAUAAGCAUUUCACCGAGGAUUUCAUCUGGUACACGCUGCUGGAGCUCGCGCGCACCUGCAAGGCCGUGGAAGGGCUGAACUUUGUCACUUUGCAGAAAUGUCUCGCACCGGAGGUGAUAUUCGUGGGCCCCAACGGCGAGCUGCGAGUCAACUGCUUCGAGCUCUGCGCGGAGGGCUCGGAGGCGACAGGUCUCAUUCAACAAGUCGGAGAAGUCAUACGCACCCUAUGCUACCUGCCAGGAGCGUGUGAUGAUAAAAUCAAGGAAUUUCUCUACAGCGACGACCUCAAAGAUGUGAUAAGCUUUCUAACAGACACCAGCGCAGAAAACUUGCGCGCAGACGUUGUGAUCUACCACCCAACAGUGCUAGCCAACACAGGAACACUCUCAGGCCCCUAUCAUUGCUCAGAGAUACUCGCUUCAACAGAAAGUAGUAUACUGACCUCUGAAGCAAACAAAUGUGAUUCAGAGAAAGCUGUGGAGCAAUGCAGGAUUAUAGAACCACUUCCUAGAAAGCAUGUCACUGUGGACAGCCCAAUCUACUGCAAUAUCAGCCCCAAACGGGAACUAAAUGAGUACAUUGAAGAGAGCAACUCACCCUGGCAGCCUGUGUCUCCAGUUAUUGAUGCAUUGGCUUUAGAGCUGCCAGGCUAUGUGCCUCGAAGCAGGAAACCCUACAGCGAGGCAUUACAGAGAUAUCAGGGCCCUCAAAAAGUAUCUCAGGACACUCUCAGUCAUCAAUGGAUGUCUCGCCUCAUAGCUCUGAGAGAAAGGGAGGAAUCUCUGAACAGAAGGGAAAGAAACUUGAUUGCUAAAGAGAUUGUGCACAGCCCAGCAGUGGAAGUUGUUUCUAUAGAUGAUUCUACUGAGCAGAGCAUCAAAAUAAAUGGCAUAACUUUGCCUCAAGUGUUCAAUCAAGAAACAAGCAACUGGGUGUCGCGUCGGCGCCACAGGAGGACCAGUUCAGUUCGCACAAGGACUAGAAGAAAGAGUUAUGCUUACGAAGAAUUAGAUAGCUCUCUGUCGGCCGACAACGGUGAUAACAGCAUGAUCAUAACAGCUGCUAAAAUCACUAAAGAGAACAUGCCUCGUAGGACCAUUUUCCCUGAAGUAUCUUCCAAGAAAGUGCAUUUCACAUCCAGUAACCCAUUCGCUGAGAGUGAUGAAAGUGUUACACUAACAUUUUAUGAGUUAGAAAAUGUUAACAGUGUGAAUCAAGUGAUCAAAACUGAGGAGAAACCAUUGAAAGACAUCAGUAAGUUUAAAUACUUAGACUUGGAAAAGUUGACUUCUGAAAAGAGGUCUGCAAUGCAGUGCAGCCAGUCCUCGCCUUCCAAACAAGCCAAAAUCACAGGUAAAGUGUUUAAUGAUAUCACAAAUAAAAACUUGAAACAUACACCUUCCAAAACCAGCCUCUCUUCCAAAGGCUCAAGGAAAUCUAUGUUAUGUACAAGAAGUAACUGGAGCAAUGAUCUGAGACCAGGCGAAGAUCAUUCUCGUGAGCAAACCAGCUCAAAUGGCAAACUUGCUUACACUCAAACUCCUAAAGCCCCUCCAGAACUUAAGAAAUCAAAAAGGAAGUCUCUCUUGCCUUUUAAGACUCCUUUCAAGUUCAAGACUUCUACAAAAGUUUAAGUACUCUUGAUAUUUACAAAAAUCGAGUUCUAGUGUAAUUGUUUGCAUACAAAAAGAGAUUAUUUUCUAAUUGUCUAUUUGAUAACAAUACAAUUAUUUUAAAAUAGUCCUGUCAUAUUAGUUUUAAUUGAGUAUAUUUCUUUGGUUGUGGUUUUUUUGUACUUCUUUUUCUUAGUAGUUAGUCUAGUGCGCUUCUAAAGUUUUGCAGUUCCAACUAUCUUGGAACAAACAAAUUGUGGAUUUUAUAGUAUGAUUUUACACUUAUUUUUUUUGUUUGUAAGUUAAGAAAAAAUACGGACACAACCCACCCAAACUGUAGAUUAGUGAAAAUAUUGUUACAACAAUAUUAUAUUUGUAUAGUAUUAUAACUUUAUAAAUCAAAUGUUUAUGAGAUUAAUAAAUCUACUUUAUAAUAGAUAUUAGUUAAAUAUUUUUAUAAUGUACAAUUUCAAUGAGAUCUUGUGAGUUAACAAUUUUUAGUCUUUAGUCUUCCAAGCUAACAUUGUUUUUUUUUACCAAUAAAAGUAUGUCAGACUUUAUAAUACCUAUUCUUAGUUUUAAGUUUAUUUUUAAAUAAUCUGUAAUGUAAUUUUUUGAUAUUGAAAUAAAUGUGCAAUGCAAUGUGAAUUUUGGACUACAAUAACAAUAUAGUCCAAAAUAAAUAUGAAUUAAUUUGUCAUCAAAAAUAAAAGGGUUUAAUAAAAACAAAAGUAAAUGGUUAAG